AUGUACUCCGGGAACAGCAGCAGCAGCAGCCUGGCGCCCGGUCCGGGGCAGCAGGAGCAGCGGGAGGACCUGCCCCUCUUCAGCCCCAGCACCUACGAGCUCCUGGCGCUGCUCAUCGCCACCAUCGGCAUCCUGGGCUUGUGCAACAACCUGCUGGUGCUGGUGCUGUACUACCGCUUCCAGCGGCUGCGCACCCCCACCAACCUCCUCCUGCUCAACAUCAGCCUCAGCGACCUGCUGGUCUCGCUCUGCGGGGGGACCCUCACCUUCGUGUCCUGCCUCCGCAGCCGCUGGGUCUGGGAGGCGCCCGGCUGCCUCUGGGACGGCUUCAGCAACAGCCUCUUCGGAAUUGUUUCCAUCAUGACCCUCACUGUUCUUGCCUACGAGCGCUACAUUCGAGUCGUUCAUGCAAAAGUGAUUGAUUUCUCUUGGUCCUGGAGGGCCAUCACCUACAUCUGGUUGUACUCAUUAGCUUGGACAGGAGCACCCCUUCUAGGCUGGAACAGAUACACUCUGGAGAUACAUGGACUAGGUUGUUCAGUGGACUGGCAGUCAAAAAACCCCCGUGAUGCCUCCUUUGUGCUCUUUUUCUUUCUUGGUUGUCUAGUGGCACCUGUGGGGAUCAUGGCCUAUUGCUAUGGCCAUAUUCUAUAUACAAUACGAAUGCUUCGCUGUGUUGAAGAUUUUCAGACCAUUCAAGUGAUCAAACUCCUAAAAUAUGAAAAGAAAGUGGCUAAAAUGUGCUUUUUAAUGAUCUCCACAUUCCUUAUCUGUUGGAUGCCUUAUGCAGUGGUCUCCCUUUUAGUAGCUUCUGGCUACAGCAACCUUGUAACUCCAACAGUGGCUAUUAUCCCAUCUUUCUUUGCCAAAUCAAGCACUGCAUAUAAUCCUGUCAUCUACAUCUUCAUGAGCAGAAAGUUUCGACGAUGCCUUUUGCAGCUCUUGUGCUUUCGCUUGCUAAGAUUCCAGAGGACCGUGAAAGAAAUACCGGUUUUAGGGAAUGAAAAGCCAAUAAGACCAAUAGUUAUGUCCCAGAAAGCUGGGAUCAGGCCAAAGAAGAAAGUGACUUUUAGCUCUUCCUCAAUCAUUUUUAUCAUCACUGGUGAUGACGCCCAGCAAAUGGAUAACAGCAGCAAACACAUUGGCACGAAAGUAAAUGUGAUCCAAGUAAAGCCACUAUAGGGACUAAGCUACAACAUGUGUCAGAACCUGAAUGGACUUUAGCCAAUUAAACUGUUUGGUCAUCUUCUUUGAUGAUAGUGUAAUGAAGAAAGCACUGUCCUUCAGCUGCAAAAUACAGAAGUACUUCAGUGAAUGAAACUCUGAACAAUUUAAUCAUGGUAACCAUCUAGCAAUCUUACAUUUGUACCCAGCAUGUUGCUGGACUCUGAAUUUUUUAAAACAUGAUUAAUCAGCGUUCCUUGCACCAUAGACUUACCUGGGAAAUACGGGGAGUUUCAGAAGUAGGACUUGGGUUUGCUGACUAAAACCUGAUCUUGACAAAAAAAAGUUGACUUUCAAAUUUGUUUAGUCAAAGUUGUUUUGUUUUUGUUUUGGUGCUACUCAUUAGGUGCCCUUAACCACUUUGAGAGGUGUUCCAGAUAAAUAAAAAUAUAUAUUUUUAGAGAAAGAGAAUAAAGGGACUGGUAAAGAGAUGACAAAAAGGAGAGUAUCAGAAAUUUUACACACCACUACAUCCUGCUUUAGUGUAAAAAACCCAACCAAACAAAAAACAAAUAGAGGAAAAUAUAGAUUAGCAGGGAUUGAAAACCAAACCAAACUCAUACACACAUUUAUCAUUUCAUGGAACAGAGGCCCUGACUAUUUUUUGAAAAUUCAAUCUGCUGUGAUAUUUUUGUGAGAGUAGCAGGUGUCAACCAACUGCUUCUUAAAUUUCAAAUCUGAGUAAUAACUUUUCCUUCUUAAAAUACACUCAGCAGAACAGUUACAGAAGUUGCUCUGUACUUACUUUUGUAAAAAGUCAUGGGGAUUAUUGCUGGCACAAAAUAGUUGCAGUGCUGCACUCCAGAGGUAGAUGCAUUUCAGCAGUAGGCAAGUAAUUCCUGUUUGUUGGGCUAGAAUCAACACAUGGGACGUGAGUCUCCUCUCCACUACAUCAGUUUUACACCAGUGAACUGUACAUAAAUCAAUGAAAUGUCACUGAUGUGUAAUGGAGUAGAGAAUCAGGUCCCUGGACUCCCUGGAUGGGCGUUGUUUUAGGCCACCCCUUCAGCACUUGCUGCCAAUAGGCCAAUAUGGAGCCCCAAGUAUAACUUGCAGCUUCUCCACUCUGAUGGAAACCGGAGGAAAAGCAGACAGUGGGGCAAAGGGACCAGGCUGGACACCUGUCUGCACUAACAAGAGUUGAUCUGGCCUGAAAGAAUUAAGCUCUCAGAAAAAUCAAUAGGGACCAGAAACAAAAGUUCUCAGCAGGAGCCUGAUCCUUGGACUGAGACUGAACUCAACUCACAUUAAAGUGACUGACCCAGUCCCCUCCCUUUCCGCUUUCAGAAAGGUAAUGACAGGUGGUACUAGCUUGGAGCUGUCUUUGAACUCCCAGACACAAGACAGAUUUUUUUUCUUGUACUAUGCAGGGGUGCAGUGGCAUGAAGUACCUUGUACACACACCCCUCUAAUGCAUCUGCACUGGUAAUCUGACUCUAUAUGCAAUGUUUUAAACACACACAAGAGUAUACAAACAGUAGUUCAUCUGGGAAAGGACACAGGUGAAACACUUAUCUACUUCCCUCCCCAAGUAGGCAUUGAUUUGAGCUGUUUCAUGAAUUCAGAUACAUGUCCUUAAUGUAAGUUAUCAGUUUCCAUGUCCAGGACCCCUUUUUCCCCCACCAAUGAUCACUACCUAUGCACAUUUGUUUUUACCAAAGAGAAAGAAAUGCCCCAGAAAUCCAUAUAAAUUACCAUCCUUUCACAGAAUGUGUAUGUUUGAUAUUUUAGCAUUUUAUGUA